AUGUUUCCCAACUCGACCGAUAACGUGCUGGCCGCCCGUCACAUACAAACCGACUCUGAUGUUGAAUAUACAAUCGACUACUGGGGCUAUGCGGUCCGCAAUUUUCCUUGUACAAACGAUGCUGGAUCGUGCGAGUAUCUCGAUGCCGUUUACGGCAACCACUACACCUCGAUGAUCUUCACCUUCAUUCUAUGGGCUGUACUCGGCGCGCUCUUGCUUCUGACGCUCUUGUCUCGACUGAUUCGACCGCAAAGAAGGGAUGGUGCGAAGCAGAGCCUCUUGUACCGCCUAGUUAGUCUGGGAUCCUCUACCAUACGCCGACACCUCAUGCCUGAAUGCUCGAAAGUAUUCAAAUAUACUACAAGGCUGCAGGUUCUGAUCUUGGCGAUGCUAUGUGCUUAUUUGACAGCUUUCUCAUUCGCCGGUAUCACUUACAAAACUUGGAUUACACCUGUCAAAGGCACAAGUUUGCACAACACCCGAAGCGGCAUUGGCGGCUUUGCCGAUCGCGUUGGUGCCUUUGCAUUCGCUUUGACUCCUUUGACUAUCGCCCUCUGUAGCCGCGACUCUAUUCUCAGUAUGCUCACCGGCAUUCCAUAUCAGAGCUUCAACUUCUUGCACCGCUGGACGGGCCGCAUCAUCCUUGUCCAAUCGUUCGUACAUGCCAUUAUCUGGACCAUUGUUGAAGGAAAGCUAUACCAGCCGCAACCAACAACGUACAACGAAUGGAUCAGUCAGAAGUACAUGAUCUGGGGCUGUGUCGCGCAAGGGUUCAUCACUUUCCUAUUCGUCUUCAGUCUCAGGCCAGUAAUCCGCUGGACGGGUUAUGAGUUCUUCCGUAAAUCACAUCUCGUCGUCGCUGGCCUUUAUCUGGGGGCUUGCUGGGGCCAUUGGGAGAAACUGUCAUGUUGGAUGAUCGCGUCUUUGGCCAUUAUGGGGUUCGACCUCGUGGUGCGCACAAUUCGCACCUGGCUCAUACACACUGGGUACAAAGAUGGAGGUCUUGGUUUCGGCUUCCGCUCUAUUCCUACAACCAUGGAGACAUUUAAAGAUCCAACUGGAACGAUUGUAAGGAUGACGUUUGCUCACCCCCAUAAAGCGUGGGAAAUCGGGCAACACUUCUACCUCACGUUUCCCGCGCUCAACAUCUGGCAAUCGCAUCCUUUCACCCCAGCAUCCAACCCCACAAGCUCCUCCUCAAUUCAGAGCCAUACCUACAUCAUCCGCGCUUGCAAUGGCGAAACCGCCAAACUCGCCGCUCUCGCUGAAUCGGCCGCCAACUGCUACCCACGCCGUGAAGCGUCGACACCAGUUAUUAUGAUGGGCCCAUACGGCAGCGCUAUCAUGAAUGACGAUUUCUCAAACAUCCUCGCCAUCUCUGGUGGCACAGGAAUCACGUACACCCUGCCCGUUAUCAUGAAAGCGUUAAGCGACACGUCUCCCGCGCGCAACAUCGAACUAGUCUGGACUGUGCGACACCUGGAGAACCUUGCAUGGAUUGCCUCUGAGUUGGCAUAUCUGAAGUCACAACUCGAUAGAUCCCAGGCAGAUUCGCCCUACAAUGAGGACAAGCUAGAGAAGGCACCGAUAGUAUCGGUUGAGGCAAAGAAGCGCUUCAGGAUCAACAUCUUUGUGACUCGGCCUGACCCAAGAAAGCAUCAACAAGCCUCUUGGCAACCUCCUGUGGACAAAAGCAACGAUUUUGGUGAUAGCGAUUCACUGUCUCAAGCAACUUCUAUUGACACCAUGCCUUUCGACCGCCGAGUUGAGGAACUGAGCCGUCAGUGCCCUAACUUCAGAAUCAUAUGGCUAAACAAUGCGCGUCCUGAUGUUCCUUCUCUGGUCGAUACCUUCAUGAGCGAGACAGUCGAACAGGGAAGAACCCAAGUCAUCGGCUCUGGCCCGCCUGACCUAGGUACACAGCUAAGAGCUGCUGUUGCGGCAAAGAAUGUCCCGGGAAAUGUCUGGCGGGGCGACGAGACGAGCGAUGUCGCAUGCGUUUGGGAUGAUCGAAUGGGUUGA